AUGGCUUUCAUUGCAGCUUUGGGGCUCUUGAUGGCAGGGAUCUGCCCUGCUGUCCUCUGUGAUGGCACACUGGGAAAGGACACUCUAUCCCAUGAAGACCAAGGCAAUGGGAGACAAUUGGACAGUCUCACAUUGGCUUCCAGCAACACUGACUUCGCAUUGAGCCUCUACAAGAAGCUGGCUUUGAGGAAUCCAGAUAAAAAUGUUGUCUUCUCCCCUCUUAGCAUCUCAGCUGCCUUGGCCAUUGUGUCUCUGGGAGCAAAAGACAGCACCAUGGAAGAGAUUCUAGAAGGUCUCAAGUUCAAUCUCACAGAGCUCACUGAAGCAGAAAUCCACCAGGGCUUUGGGCACCUCCUUCAGAGGCUCAGCCAGCCAGAGGACCAGGCAGAGAUCAAUACAGGUAGUGCCCUGUUUAUUGACAAAGAGCAGCCGAUACUGUCAGAAUUCCAGGAGAAGACAAGGGCUCUGUACCAGGCUGAGGCCUUCAUAGCUGACUUCAAGCAGUGCAAUGAGGCCAAAAAGUUCAUCAAUGACUAUGUGAGCAAUCAGACCCAGGGGAAGAUCGCAGAACUGUUCUCAGAACUGGACGAGAGGACAUCCAUGGUGCUGGUGAACUAUCUACUCUUUAAAGGCAAAUGGAAGGUCCCCUUUAACCCUAAUGACACAUUUGAGUCUGAGUUCUACUUGGAUGAGAAGAGGUCUGUGAAGGUGCCCAUGAUGAAAAUUAAGGAUCUGACCACACCCUACGUCCGGGAUGAGGAGCUGUCCUGCUCUGUGUUGGAGCUGAAGUACACAGGAAAUGCCAGCGCCCUGUUUAUCCUCCCUGACCAGGGCAAGAUGCAGCAGUUGGAAUCCAGCUUGCAACCAGAGACCCUGAAGAAGUGGAAGGACUCUCUAAAGCCCAGGAUUAUAAAUGAGCUCCGCAUGCCCAAGUUCUCCAUCUCCACACACUACAGUCUAAAAGAGGUCCUUCCAGAACUGGGCAUUAGGAAAGUCUUCUCCCAUCAAGCUGAUCUGAGGAGGAUCACAGGGACCAAGAAUCUGCAUGUCUCUCAGGUGGUCCACAAGGCUGUGCUGAAUGUGGAUGAGACAGGCAUAGAAGGAGCUGCUGCCACAAUGGUCACAACAGCCCUAUAUAUUAGACCUCAAACUAUAAAUGUGAAUAUCAACCGGCCAUUCAUGCUGGUUAUCACUUACAAUGAUGAUCAGUCUAUCCUCUUUAUGGGCAAAGUCACUAACCGCAUGUGA